AAUCGGAAUAGGUUAAAAAACAGCUUCGACUCUCACUUUAAAAGGAGAAGAAGAAGAACAACAAAAUAAAACCUCCUCCAACAAUGCAGAGUCGGCACUUUUUACCAUUAGUUAGGUUUUUCUUCCCACUUUAGUCUGCAGCAUAUUUUCACUCUCUUUCCGUUUCCCUGCUUGUUCCUGUGCGGGUGUUUCGUUGAAGGAUUCUUCUCCACCCGAAAGAUGAAGCUGAAGCAACUAGAAGGCCUCCUUGGUGAGCUUCAACAGUUCUCCAACCCAAAGGUGGAGCUGGAGCAAUACCCUACUGGACCGCACAUUGCCUCUCGCAUGCUCUUCACUGCCGAGAAUUCUUUUGAGGAUGUGAGCAACAAGGUAGUGGCUGAUUUCGGUUGUGGCUGUGGUACAUUAGGUGCUGCGGCAGCUCUCUUGGGUGCGGAACAUGUUAUGGGCAUCGACAUUGAUUCACAAGCUCUUGAAUUAGCAUCAAUAAAUGCAGAGGAUCUUGAGCUGGACAUUAAUUUUAUUCAGUCUGACAUCAAGAACUUAGGAUGGAGAGGUCAAAUUGUUGAUACUGUUGUAAUGAAUCCUCCAUUUGGGACCCGGAAGAAGGGCGCUGAUAUGGAUUUUCUGUGUGUGGCUCUGAAGGUUGCUUCUCAAGCAGUUUAUUCCUUGCAUAAGACCUCAACAAGAGAUAGAAGCGUUUCCUGUAUUAGAUACUUGGAGGGGUUGGAGACGAUUUCUGAUGUUGGCGUAUGUGUAUACCAUAAGCAUAUCAAAAGGGUAGCCUUGCGGGACUUAAAUGCUAGCAGUGCGGAGGUUUUAUGUGAGCUCCGGUUUGAUGUACCACAGCUAUACAAAUUUCAUAAGAAAAAGGAAGUAGACGUUGCUGUCGAUCUCUGGCGAUUUGUGCCCAAAGGUAAUCAAGGAAAGGGCACCUAGCAUCACAUCAAAUCAGGCACAAGUUAGAUCAUAGCGAAUGAAUAUGUAUGUAAAAUAGAUGCUGCAAUGUGUGAAUUUUAUCCGUCCAAUUUUAUUGAGUUCCUUUAGAUACAUGUAUUGUGAAACAAAUGAAAUAAAAUCAUUUAUAGUUUUAUUUC